UUCACAAAAGUAAAUUAUACAUAUUAAUUUUUAUAAUUCGUGGUAAAAAUAAAAAUUUUAUAAUUUUGAUUUUGAUUUUGAUUUUUAUAAGCAUCUUGGCAGAAUAAAAUUGCAAGUGUAAAAGUAUUUAUUACUAUAAUAUCUAAGUCUAGUUCAUAACCAAAAAUGUUUAUGAAGUGUGCAUUUUAUUUAUUAAUUAUUAAUUUAUAUGUUUGUUCAACCAAAGCAGAUGAGUACUUCAAAGACUUGAAUAUACUUUUAGAACGCGACGAAUGGAAAAUUGUAGGUAAUCUUUGGAUGUCUCGUGUUGUUGUUGAACGUAAUCCAAACGGACAGAUACUCGAUGUGGCAGAAUUAUUAAAAAAAGAUGAAAAUAAUAAUGAAAUUUUUACAGACGAAAAUUACAAAAUUAAAGUACAAAAACUAGUUUUAUUAUACAGCGCUGUACAUGCAAUUAAGCUUCAUAAAAUUAUAGAUCUUCUUAGAGUGUUUUGGGAACUAUGUGAAAGAGUUGAUGAAAGAUGUAAAAAAUCAUUUUUAGAGACUUUAUUUUAUCAUCAUGAGAUUUUUGUAAAUAUGUCGGACGCACUACAAUUUAUUUACAAAUUUAAAAGUAAAAGUCCUCUCACAGCUGAUGAUAAUUUAAAUAACGAGGUGACUAAAGCCUUAAAUCAUCUUGAAUUUUUGUCAAAUACUAUUUCACUAGAUAAUGAACGUAUUCGUUUUGAAUUAAAAAGCGCUUACAAUUCAAUAAAACAAUUUUUUGCAUCUCAUUUUAGACCUGUUCCUAAUUACAUAAUAGAUGACCAGAACUGUUUUUCGACAUUUUAUUUAUUAGUUAAAAGUACUAUUAAUAACAACAAUACAACAUUAGAUGACAAAUUGUUGACUUUAACAUGCAGUGUAUAUCCUAAAAUGAUAGAAUAUAAGUAUUGUCACAUAAAUAUACUUGACUAUCGCUGUUUUAUAGAUAGUCUUUAGUGGAGAUAGCGCCUUUAACGGAACAUAGUACAAUAAGCGCCAGCGGCUUACAAUGACGAAGAUGAUGGCUAAAAUAAAAAUGUACUUAUAUAUUCUGUAUUAUUAAUCAAAUAAAACAUUGUUCAUUUAUAAAAUAAACUUUUAGCUUUAA